UCUUGAACGCAGCUAUAUUUUCAGGGCUAUUUCAUUACAAGAUGGUGUGUUAACCAUCGUUUGGAAGAAAAAAAUUGUACAUGAGGUAAUUUUCAAAGGAAUGGAUAUUGUUUGUCUCAAGCUAAGAAGUGUUGACGGGAAAACAGGAUAAAGAAAUAUGGGAGUUGUUUCACAAGAUUUUAUGGCUUCAUUCAGUCGCACUUCCCGGUCACUGACCCUUGGAAUAUUAGUUAUAUUUUACUUAAUCCACUGUCUCCAUGCCCAGCAACCCCAACAGGCACAGAAGCCUCACAUCAUUAUGAUUGUAGCCGAUGAUUUAGGCUGGGAUGACGUCAGUUUUCACGGCUCGCCACAGAUCCCCACGCCCACACUUGAUGGCUUGGCAAAUUCCGGGGUAAUCCUUAACAAUUAUUACGUAUCCCCGAUUGACUCACCCUCCAGGGCUGCGUUCCUGACUGGAAAAUAUGCCUUGAAUUUAGGCCUUCAACAUGACACGAUACAUAACAGGCAACCAUAUGGAGUGCCACUAAAGGAAAAGCUUCUGCCGGAAUAUUUGAGACAGUUAGGUUACUCAACCCACGCUGUAGGAAAGUGGCAGCUGGGUUUCUUUGCCAAGGAAUUUACUCCCACUUACAGGGGGUUCGAUUCCUUCUACGGCUUCUUGACGUCGGGACAAGAUUACUUUAGUCACGUGUCUUAUGACGGAAGCUAUGGGUUGGAUUUACGACGAAACUUGGACGUCGUGUACAAUGAAACAGGUACCUAUGGCACAGACCUGUUCACACGCGAGGCUGAUAAAGUACUCAAUGAUCACGACGCCACCAAGCCGUUGUUUUUGUACUUUGCCCAACAAGCUGUUCACGUUGGUAACCAGAAUAACCCUCUUCAGGUGCCAAAGAAAUACCUUGAUCGGCUGGGAUACAUCGGAGACGAGAAAAGAAGGACGUUUGCAGGUAUGGUGUCAGCUCUGGACGAGUCGGUUCGACAAUUAGUAACAACAUUGAAGAAGAAAGGACUCUACGAGAACUCCAUCAUAAUCUUCACCACCGAUAACGGAGCAGCCGCUGGUGGAUUGGACAACAGUGCAGGCUCAAACUACCCGCUAAGAGGUGCCAAAAAUACUCUAUGGGAAGGAGGUGUCCGCGCAGUUGGAUUUAUCCAUAGCCCACUCAUAAAGAAGAGAGGUCGAGUUUCAACUGCCUUACUGCACGCUUCCGAUUGGCUUCCGACCGUCUACCAUCUGGCCGGCGGCGACGUGAAAGGCCUGGGAUCCAUCGACGGAUUCAAUGUAUGGGAAACAAUUUCCAGCGAUGCCCAGUCUCCAAGGUACGAGAUCCUACACGGUCUGGAUUCCAUGAAAGAGAAGAGGGCAGCUCUGAGAAUUGGAGACUACAAGAUGAUAGUACAUCAAAACCGCAGUUUCUAUAGUGAUUGGUACCCAAGACCAGAGAGUCAGCGCGAGUUGGACCAGGCUCCUAAGCCAAGUGUACUCAAAGAUGCGGCAGUUGAUUGUACUUUAAAGCACCCACAUCCUCUUCUGUACACAAAAGCACCGAUUUGUAACCCCGAGUUGAAGCCUUGUUUAUUCAACAUCAAGUGGGAUCCAUGCGAAUACCACAACCUGGCAGAUUUUAUGCCAAACACCUUAAAAGUCAUGAUUGACAGGCUUAAGUUUUACUAUCGAAAAUCUUCACCCGCGACAUACCCUCAAGCAGAUGACAGCGCAAAUCCUGAUCAGCACGGAGGAGUCUGGGGCCCAUGGCGGGACUCACCGGAUAUUGAUCAGACAAUGAAUGAUUACGUGUAUCCGAAUUCAUAUUAUGAUUCACCAAAAUUUUCCCCUGGCAAUCCUUCCAAGAGCCAACUCAAUCAUUUCUUAAGCGACCAGGUGACUGCUUCCGCCCCGAAGAAGGAAGCAGCCCCCACAGAGGUCGAGGAUAUCAUCAUUAAUUUCCGAGAUCCAAAUCAAGGUAAACCCGCUACCCUAGCAACAACAGCAAAAACCGCUCCCACACCAACCACGGCACCCCCAGCUGUCAUGACGGAGUCGACUGCUUCUACAGCUUCACGAUUCACACCUCCACCUUCCAUUCCUCCGGCGAUCGUCUCCGAUGUGCCGCAGAAGAAGCUGGAUUAUUCAGCACAGAGGCCGCAACCCUUCCGACCGACCGGAUUCCUCAAAGGUUUCUUCCAGCAUCAAACUGUUGACUUUCGUCCCAGUCCUAAACCAGUGCAGCUCAUCCCUGACACUUUGAAACAAGUAGAGCACAUGGUGCAGGAGGAGCACGACAAACCUGUUAAAUAUUUCAACCCGAUGACUGUAAAGCCGAGCAAGAAAAUGCCCGCAAUACACGCAUGGCCAACUCAACAGUCUCUCGUACCAGAAGACGUUCAGAACGUUGUCAAACAGAACGGGUUCUCAAAGCACCUGGCAUCGAGCCACGUGGAGGAAGUUUCUUUGAUUCCAACACAAUCGCCUGUGAAAUUAACUCACAAGGUGUCCAUGUUCGGUUCACACUCGGACAAGAUAAGCACACUGCCAGAAAUUCUCGACAUAAUCGAUGAGUCCACGUCACCAAGCGCGUUCACGGCGGGAGGUAGCGGACAGCGCGAGAUACCGAAGAUAUUCGAUAUUAUAGACGAAGCGCACAAGCAGCAGAGCAACGUCAAAGAAUUAACUUCACAUAAAGAAGGGCCAAUAGCAACUAGCAAACCACUGACCAGCAAAGACGUAGGCUCAGGUAUGGGUGUAGGCCUGACUGGACUACCGGACGGAAUCUCAGUGUUCGGCAAACUGGGAGAUAAAAAGAUUCUGUCGAAAUCGCACGACGCCAAGGCUAAAGGAAGGGAGCAUAUUGUGGCGAAAGAGAGACCUGACAAAGAGAAGAAAAAGCCGGCAGUUCAUAAAUUCAUCGGUAAUAUUACCAUUGACGGUCGUCGCUAUCUUAUCAUGGGAACAGAGAGCGAAGAGUCAGAUUCAGUCACCACACACGUUCAAGGCGACAGAAUUACUCUGCACCUUCCCAAAGCGAAGAAAACCAAUACUCACAGUCACAGCCACAAGAUCAAAGCUGACAGCAAAACCCCAGAGAGCCCAGACAGUAAAUCUGAAAUCGGAGAGAUCACCGAUUACAUUGACAUGGAUGAAGAUGACAGUGCUAAACCCAAAAACAAAACACUGGCUGCUCAUGACAUCACCGCUGUGCAGACCGCGGGCAAUAACACCAAGUGCGAGAAAGUCGUCCAGCUUGAUACAUCCGACAAUGCUGUCGUUGUGUCCUCGGUCGUGAUUGUCGUGAUUGCUUCGGCAAUGGUCGUCGGUGUUGCUGUUGUUGCUAUGGUUGCGGUGGUCGCAAGACACUGCCAAAACGCUAGGAAUUAAUUCCAUUUCUUUUGAUUAUUUUUUCGCAGAGAGCUGAAAUAUUUUUAUUGUUAAGUAAACAUGUGAUUUGCAAUGUACAAAGAAUAUCGAAAUGAAGUGUUGAUGAAAACAUGAAAACAUCUAUAUUCCAAUUUUUUUUCCAUUUGUAUGUCGCUCUUUGCAACUUCAAGAGCUGUAGAAGGACUAUAGGUUUAAUUGAAUCACUUUAAAGUCAAAUUUGUUUAAGUUAUCAUUUAGUUUUCUCCAUUUUUUUUUGAACUAAGGUUCUAAAAAGAAAAAGUAGAAAGCGUCUCUUUCAAAUAUCGCCAAAUCAAAAACUGUACCCACGAGAAUCACAAGGGUAAGAGAUACUAAAAAAUUCUUUUUGGUCCUCAAAUGGCACAUGAAGGUUUUGCAUUGCAUUUCAUUAAAUUACAACAAAAUUAGUCAAAAAAUAUUACACAAACAUCGAUGAUAUCUUAAAUCUAAUUUUCACAUACAUAUAUCGACUAUAUUGUUUAGGCGUUAAAUAUUUUGAGGUGCUUUUACUAUGGUAUCAGCCGUUAUUCGUUUUCUCUUUUUUAACAAAAAUAGGCUGACAUGAAGUGUGAAAACACGAAAUGUUUGAAGAAAUUGUGGAUCUUUCCUAGAUGUGACGUCAUCACAACACAUUGCAUCAUUUUACAAAUUUAGAAUUAUAUUUUCUGAAAUCCACACUGUUAUCAAGCAAAAAACAAACAAAUAAUUCAAGGCGAGUUAUGGCUCAGAGAAUGUUAUUGUAAUCUUUUACCUGUCUAGAAGAUCAAACGUUGCGUUUAUUGUAAUCUGUCACGAGAGAAACUAAUAAAGUAGUCUGCAUGUUGUGUCAUUCGG